AUGAAUCUUGCGCCCGGCAGAACACCACUCAUCCCAACCUCCAAAAUGGCGUCCAGGCCACCCAUCAUGCCGCCUCACAAUGAGACUGAACAUUCAGUCAGCAGGAUCACUCGGGAGGGGAAACAACUCACAUAUAAAUUGAGCGUCAUGCAACAACCAGAGCGCGCAAGGGCGUGUGGCGCUGGAGCGAAGUCUUCGGCCGACCGCCGUCCUGUUGAUCCUCCACCUGUCGUCGAACUUCGAAUCUUCGAAUCGGACCCUGCCAACGAUGCCCAAAAAACAGAUAUCACUUUCGCCUACAACGCCAAUUUCUUCCUCUACGCAACUCUCGACACUGCACGCCCCAUCGCCCACGGGCGGGUGGCCGGACCACCAUCGUGCCCUGUUUUGACUGGAGUGCCGGUCGCCGGGGUUGCUUACCUCGAUCGUCCAUCCCAAGCGGGCUACUUCAUUUUCCCAGAUCUAUCAGUGCGCCAUGAGGGUCGGUAUCGUCUGAACUUCCACCUGUACGAGGAGAUCAAGGAGGCCAAGGAUGCCGACAAGGACUCGACUUUGCCUCUGCCCAACCAGGUAAACGGUGCCAACGGCAAUCCCGGCAAGCCUCAAGCAUACCUCCACUUCCGCCUUGAGGUCAAGUCUGUCCCGUUCACUGUGUACAGCGCCAAGAAGUUCCCAGGGUUGGCCACAAGCACGUCUCUCAGCCGGAUCAUUGCGGAGCAGGGCUGCCGAGUACGAAUCCGUCGUGAUGUUCGCAUGAGGCGACGGGGCGACAAGCGAGAGGAAGAUUACGAGUUUGAUGAGGAACGCGCUGCCGCAUAUGCGAGAACUUCGGACCGAUAUACGACACCCGACCGAUAUGUAAACUCGAUUGAGCGACCGCGAUCCAACAGCAAUGGCAGCAAUGUUGAAUCGCCCUAUGGGUUCAUUCCACCUGAUCGACGUCCAUCUGCGCCCGACUAUGGAUUCCAGUGCCCCCAACCAUACCAGAGACCACCUAUGCCACCCGCCCCGAUGUCCCACUCCCAAACACCUUCCUAUCAAUCCCACCUUUCAUUUGGCUCGACACCAUCUCAUUAUCCGGCUCCUCACAUGCCUCCUACACCUCCUCCGAUCGCUCCCCAGGGAAUAUACUCUCCGCAGAACGGCUACGCCCAAAUACGACACCCAUCAAAUGCUUCCGAUUACGAGGGAACGCCCUUUGCGUAUCCCAUGGCGCCACAGGUCGCCCCUGAACGUGGUGGUUAUCCCGAUCGUAAUACUUACCCCAAGUUGAUGAGCUCUUAUCGUAUGGAUCCUCGCAUGGCCGAGCCACCGCGCAUGGCCGAGCCCCCACGCAUCGCCGAGCCCCCACGCAUGACUGAGCCCCAUGCGAAUCUCUACGGACCCAUGCCUCAAAUUCCAGUAUCACACCCUCAGCCCUCAACCAUGGCCCAACCCUCGCCCAUGCCGCAGCCCAUGGCACCUGCCAAGUCGAUCGCAAGCGAUUACAACAGCCAGAUUGUUCCUUCUGUGGAGUGUUUAUCACCGGGCCCCAGUGGAUACGACAAUGUUGCAGGGAAACGUAUGUUAUACCACACAGGACCGACAUAUGGCAAGCGAUCUCAUGAAGAUACUUUCGGGCUUGAUGAACGCUCGAUGCAGAACGGUAUGCGACCAGAUGCUGAGCCUUACCCACCAGCCUAUCGCGACUUCUCGGGUGAAAGCAGGGCUGCAUUAAUGGCUGAACUGGGCAUUGAAAUGGCCUACAAGCGUGCCAACGGCAAAACAGUCAUGAAAGCUGCCCCUUCAACUUGA